GGACAAUUCUUCGACCGACCACCACCACAAUGACGCAUGAUACUAUCCUUUGGUUGAUAUGACGACUUCUAACCACGCUGCAAGAGGCCCUUGGAUGGAGAAACGUCGCUAUGAUUCCGGGAAUUACUGGCAGCGAUGGAUUAUCGGGAUGUGCUUCCAGUUUCGCCUUGACCUCGGAUUCGCUGUCGAAGCUGCACUGGUGAUCAGUCUUUAACGCGCCGGCCAACCAGUCAUGCGGUUAGUAAACCGGAUAAAACACGGGAAGCGAAGGGAACCGUUUCGCCACAUGAUGAUGAUGUUUAAUCUAACAGGACUGCCGUGUAUAAGAAGAGUUCGAGUUCCAAGAACAACGUUUCGUAUUCUUUCCCCACGGCAUUCGUCAUGUUCCCCCGAGUACAAAUCUACCUCCUUCUCUUCGCAGCGGUCCUAGGGACCAACGCGCAGAAAUACUGGUUCAGUUUUGGUGACUCAUACACCCAAACGGGGUUCACCACCAAUGGUACUGUGCCGGCUGUAGGCAACCCACUGGGGAACCCUCCGUACCCAGGUUGGACAGCGACCGGAGGCCAGAACUGGGUGGACUAUGUCACGACGGUGGAUAACACCUCUCUUGUCUUGACAUAUAACUUGGCGUAUGGAGACCUAGUGACGCCCUACGAGCCUACUGUCCUCUCGCUCACUGACCAGGUCAACGAGUUUCUGACUAGCUAUGCGGCCAGACCGUCGACUACGUCGUGGACGAGCGCGAAUACGCUUUUUUCGGUUUGGAUUGGGAUUAAUGAUAUUGGGAAUAGCUAUUACUUGGGGGGUGAUCGGGAUGCGUUCUCAGAUACGCUGAUGGAUGCGUAUUUCGCGCUUGUGGAGCAACUCGUGCUAGUUGGUGCAAAUCUUCGAAGGGAUUGCAACGUUGGCGCGAGGAACUUUUUGUUCGUGAACGUCCCUCCGAUUGACCGGUCGCCAUUGAUGCUCGCACAAUCGACGUCGAGUCAGGCUCUCGAGAAAUCUGUGAUUGCGGGUUUUAACAGCAAGCUUGUAACUCGUGCUGCUGCUCUGGAAGCCAACCAUAGUUGUGUCAAAACCUGGAUAUGGGACUCGAACGCUGCGUUUACGGCGAUCCUGGAUGAUCCCACUAGCUAUGGUUUCCAGGAUGCGACAAGCUAUGGAGAUGGCGCAACUAUCUUCUGGGGCAAUAACUACCACCCAUCCAGCUACGCGCAUGCGUAUUUCGGUCAAGAUGUAGCAAAAGUCCUUGGAGGAUUUAUUUGA